CACGCGCGCGCGCACACUCUUCACCAGAGCCUGCUGCACCAGCCGGCCUGCCAUCAUCAGCAUUCAGCAGAGGAUCUUUAUCUUUAUGACACUAUCCACGCCGACGUGAAGAACCGCAGACGAAGACAGAGCAGGCGUCCUGCGGCGAGCACGUCCGAUUCCAGCAGAAUAACUGAUCAUGGUCGUAACCCGGAUAGAACUGCAGUGAGGGCCCGCUGAAAAAACUGGAUCAGAAACACUCAAGGGAAGUUUGACAUUGAGGUGAACGGUUGGUAAAUGAAGACUUUGGCUUGUUUUGCUUUACACUGAUCAACAUUGUUUAAUCCAUGAUGGAGGAGAGCAGUGAUUGCUCUCCUGAAUCGUUGGCUAACGAUGAUCAUUAUGUGAUGGCUAAGCACACAGCCGUGUAUCCAUCAGCAGAAGAGCUGGAGGCUGUCCAGUCUCUUGUGUCUGCAGUGGAGGGGGGACUAAAACAUGUCUCUGACUGGCUUAUCGAUUCCACCAAGACCACUGCUCUCAAAUCGACUGAACCUGAAGAACCCAACCCAAAGUGUGGAGGGCCACUGAUUGGCGUCAUGCGUGUUGGAUCUCUGGCUAAAGGCCUCCUCAUUAAGGGUCUGAUGGACCUAGAGCUGGUUUUGCUCUGCCGAGAAAAGCCUACUAAAAAUCUGCUUCUCACAGUCUGCACCAAUCUGCCACUGCAGAUAAAGAAACUGUCAGAGGAUAAGCACACAGUGCAGCCCUGCAUUCCAGAGGCAGCUAUUCUAGUGUUCCAAAGCAGCAGACCUGAUCUGCCUCUAAGGGUCAUCCUUACUUCAAUGCAGACAAAAAAACAGGAGCUGGAGAAAAACCAAGUGGAAAACACAAAAGUGAAAGAUCCGUCUGAUCUGCUGGACCAGCAGAGAUGCCUGCUUGCUCUGGCCUCUCUGCACCAUGCCAAAUGGUUCCAGGUCCGAGUCAGUGGAAAGAGAUCCUGUCUCAUAGUUUUGAGGAUCCUCAGGGAUAUAUGCAACACAAAGCCUGUCUGGGCACCUCUUAAAGGAUGGCCAGUUGAGCUGAUAUGUGAAAAAGCCUUUGCCACGAGUUAUAGGCCACUGGGGCCAAGUGAAACUCUGAGGCGGGUCUUGGAAUGCAUUUCCUCAGGCAUCUUUCUUCCAGGUGGACCUGGACUACAUGAUCCAUGUGAAAAAGAAGAUGUAGAUACAUUGUCAACUAUGACAAAUGAUCAGGCUGAACUUCUUACCCACACUGCACAGCAUGCGCUAAGGCUUCUAGCCUUUGGACAGAUCCACAGGUUCUUAGAGGUAGAUCCUCUUCCUACAGCAAAACCUGCAGUGGAACCAAAACUUUCUUGUGGAGAAGCAGGGAUGUCUCAGAAAAGACUCCACGAAGAUGAAACUGCAGAUGAACUUAAAUGCAAAAACAUCCUCUCAGGUCCCGUUGCAGGCUUAUUAACAUCAGAUGGCAAAUCAGAUUGUAAAAGAAAAGUUGAAACUCUAUCCAAAAGCUCGGGGAAUAAACACAGCUCUUCAUCAACCAAGGUCAAGGUUCAGGGCCCUGUUCUCACAGCCAGGGGCAAAAACCCAGUAAUGGAGCUAAAUGAGAAAAGGAGAGGCCUAUCGUAUAACCUCAUCACUGAAAACGGAGAGAACCAACAACAACGCUUCAUUAUUGAGGUGGAAGUGGAUGGACUGAGGUUCAGAGGAUGCGGGCCUAAUAAAAGGGUAGCGAAAGCGAAUGCAGCCUUGGCAGCAAUAGAAAGGCUCUUUUCAUCACACAAUGCAAACAGCAACAAGAGGAAGAAGCCAUACACAAAAAUGAGUUCAUCUGCUGUAAAUGGGCUUCCCAGAUUGAAGAGGAGCGUUACAAUGCCCAGGCCACUGCUUCCUAUUUUUCCUCCAGCUCCUGCAUAUUUCACACCAGGCUUUACCCCUUAUGGUUAUGGUCCAGUGGUUCCUCCACCACACGGUGCUUUAUAUUUUGACAGUCCCGUUUGCCCUCCGCAGACCAUCACUCCUGUUUUUCUUCAUCUUGGCGCACAGGAUUUCUGUCCUGAGUUUUAUAUUUAAUGUUCUGUUUGAAGUGGUCCGUAGCUGUGUGUGGCCUCACCGGACUCCCUAUCAUUUUUACUUGAGACAGGGUCAUUUUCUGGCACUGAGGAAACAUUCCUUGUUUUAGCAUGGAUCAGAUAUAUCCUCCGUUAAACUCAAGGAGACUUAAUACUUAAAUGUAUGUUUGCAUUUAUGCUACGUACAUUUAUUUGGUCUUUGUAAAUAGAUUUUCACAUUAAGCAAUAUUUUAUCAGGGCUAUUAGCAAUAAUGAAUUAGAUGCACUGCUCAUAGGUAACAGACAAAAUUCCAUAAUGCUGAAAGUCCAAAAUCUAUUGUAUAUUUGUAUUUGAAAUGAAUAAGAUUGUAUUUAUACUAGGAUAAAAUGUUAUCACAUGGGGUGCGUAGUGAUUCGUUCUUUUGUUCAUAAUGUGGUACUUAAUCCAACACCAUGUUAUAAGCUAAAGGUAUGCACGUAAAUGCAAAUAGUUACAUACACAUACCGAAUUUUAAAAUAAAGGCUGUACAGAUAUUUCUAUGAUGAUCGAAUUGUGGUUGAAAUAUGUUAUGUGAGUUAGUGGAUGUGUUUAUGUAACUACUAUAUUCAUGUAAUAACUGUA